CCGGAAGUUGAUGUGCCAUCACGUGAUUGAAAGUGAAAAUGGCUGAAGAAGAAGAGAGCCUGGAAAUAAUUCUAAAUGCUGCAACUAAUCCAGCUAACAGAGAUGAGGACUGGGAAACCAUUACAAAGUUUUGUGAACAAAUUAACAAAGAUUUAGAAGGGCCACAGACUGCUGUCCGUCUUCUGGCCCACAAAAUACAGUCACCACAGGAGAGAGAGGCACUUUAUGCUUUAGCGACUUUAGAGGCAUGUGUGAAAAAUUGUGGUCGGCGUUUUCAUGUGGAAGUUGGAAAGUUCAGGUUUCUAAAUGAAAUGAUUAAAGUUGUUUCACCCAAGUAUCUAGGGAGUAAAACUAGUGAAAAAGUGAAGAAAAAAUGUAUAGAACUUAUCUACAGCUGGAGUAAAGGUCUACCACAUGAAAACAAAAUCUUAGAAGCAUACCAAAUGUUGAAACAGCAGGGCAUCGUCAAAGCAGACCCGGACUAUAUUGAUAAGAAAAUAGAUGUAUUUCCACCUCCCAAACCCAGAACGGCUUCUUUUGAAGAUGAAGAAAAAUCCAAGCUACUGGCAAAGUUGUUGAAGAGUAAAAAUCCUCAAGACCUACAGGCUGCUAAUAGAUUGAUCAAGAACAUGGUGAAACAGGAUGCUGACAAGAUGGAAAGGGUUUCCCGUAGAAUAAAUGAACUGGAACAGAUUAACAACAACAGCAAAUUGUUGAUGGAGAUGUUGGAACACUACUCACCAGAGACCUCUUCUGCAGCAGACUUAGAUAUGAUGAAGGAGUUGUAUGACAGUUUGGAGAGACUGAGACCAAAUUUGUUUCGCCUUGCCAGUGAUGCAGAUGAUAAAGAAAAUGAUGCAAUAAAUGAUAUACUGAAGAGUAAUGAUGAGGUUACACAGGUGAUGGCUCAGUAUAAGAAAAAGGUGGGAGAUAAGGCCAAUCAAAAUGGCCAUGCCUCUGAUCCUGCUUCUUCCUUACUUGACCUGGCAGACCAGUCUGCUCCCUCACAUCCCUCUACACAGACCAAAGAUCCCAGCACAGAAAUCCUUGAUGAAGAACUCCUAGCCUUAGGUUUAGGUGACAGCAACACUAAAUCAGAAUCUCUGCUCGGUGACUUGGAUGAUAUUUUUGCAGCUUCCUCUGCUAGCACUGUAUCUACCCAUGGAAAAAGUUUAACAACAGCACCAGUAAUGAACAAUGCAUUCACAAUGAGCGGAGGACAGCCAACAUUCCAGGCAUUCAAUCAGCCAAUUAGAGCACCUGUUCCAACUUAUUCUAUUUCUCAGCCAAUGACAGGCAAUUUCUCCCAAUUUCCACCUCAAACAUCACAACCAACAACUUCAUUAUUAAUGAGUUCAGAUUCUGAUACAUCUGUGUUCAGUCAAAAACCUAAACCUCCUCCAACAGAACAGCAGACCCUGGCAAUGAAGGAACUAGAUAUGCUGGGCCAAAAUCUACUACAGCAAAAUCUCCCCAAGAAUUUGCCCAUCAAACCACAGAAUACAGGUCAAAAAGUCCCCAUGAAUCAGAUGUUGUCCAAGACAGCAUCUCCCCAGCUCUCACCAGGGAAUAACUUGCUUGAUAAUCCUGCACCUGCUCAGCUGCCUGUUUCUCAGCCAUCCCCUGUAUCCUCAACCCCAGUCAAGCAGGGCUUACAAGUCAUGGCCCUCACUGAUGUUAAUGUUCCACUUGAGUCUAUACAACCUGAAAGCACAGCUCCAGUGAAUGCAUAUGAUAAGAAUGGACUAAAAAUUGUGAUACAUUUAGCCAAGAAUAAACCUAGGGAGGAUGUCACAGUCAUGGUUGUAUCUACAAUUAGUACGAACACAAACCCAGUCAAGAAUUUUGUCUUUCAAGCCGCUGUUCCAAAGGUGAUGAAAGUUAAACUACAGCCCCCUUCAGCCACUGAUCUACCUGCAUACAAUCCUAUUCUCCCACCUGCUGCCAUCACUCAAGUUAUGUUGCUGGCCAACCCACAAAAGGAAAAAGUGCGAUUAAAAUUCAAGAUAUCUUACAAUGUAAAUGGAGAGAAUCUAUCUGAUGUUGGAGAGGUGGACAAUUUUACAGUGUUAUAAUACUAGAACAAAUAUUUUUUCACAUUGUGAUGGGGAAAGUGCAAGUAUGGAUGUUAUGCAUGUGAAAGGUGAUUAUAAUUCUCAUUCUUUAAGAACAAAAGGUGCUUGUUAGUGUGUUAUGUUUGCUUGGUGCCUAAUUCUAUAAAUUUUCAACUGCAUAAGUGUUGAAGAAAAGUUUUCUGAUUAGACAGUAUGCUGUACUGGUAUUUGUUGUAUCGUCUUUUAAAAUAAAUACCUUUGUUAUCGGAUAUUUGUAUUUGGAGGGUGUUUUCACUGGUUGAAAUUACAAUAACAUGUACAUGUAGCAACUUUUACUAGACUUGAUAGGUAUUAUUAUUAUCUCUGUGAAUAUUAACUGCAGCAUUUGUUAGCCCCCAAAAUGAACAUGGUUUACGCUGCAAAACCUUACAUGCACCUUCCAAGAAAUAGCGGUUUUCAGUCAGGAAAUUGAUGUACUGUUUAGCCCCCACAAUCCAUUUGUUUAGUAUUCAUUUCAUAUAGAAAUUCAAAACAUGAAUUAUACAACAUUCCAUAUAUCAUAGAAAGUUGUUAAAUAUGAUUUGAUAUCAGUUUCAUAUCCUUGUACAUCGCAAAAAAAAACCAAAACAACAACAACAAAACAGACAAUUUUAUAAUGGAAAUAAAGUUCUGAAGUAGGUUAAACAUGCUUCUUGUGUUUCGUGUACUGAAUUUCAGAGUGGUGCCAGGGCAUAUAAAAAACAUAGAGGUAAUUCAAUGUGUCAUUUGGUUGAUAAUUUCCCUGUAUAGUUUUUUUGUUAUAGAUAAAAACGGGGAAACAAAAACAUGGAUAUAUAUUUCUAUAUUCUAGGGGGCAUUGUUAUUUUUUUGUUGUCAUCUUAAAACGUUGAAAUAUUUUUCUAUAAAGUUACAAAAGUUUACCUCUUUUUAAAAAAAUAGUCCUGGUGUUAGUUUUUGUUAGAGCUCAUUUUUCAUGAUUACACAUACAGCAAGAAAAUCUCUUUUGCCUGCAUUUUUGCUGAUGAAAUUUCUGCAUUCAUUGUUAUCACUACAAGAUGUAUUAAAUAUAAACCACUUAAUUUAAUUCCAUUCCAAAGUAAACUGCCUCACAUCCCUCAGAAACUGAACUUUAUUGAGAUUUUCCAUGUAUGUACUUGUGCUACGCUAUGAUUUCACAGUCUAUAUAAGGAAUAUUUUAUACAACAUACAUACAUGUUUUUUAAAACUUCAGAAGUUAAACAUAUUCAUGUUACUGAAAAUUUUACAUGUACAACAUUAGUGUUAAAACUAUGUGUAUACUCAUUACUUGUACAUGUAAUGAUCAAUGGGCUUAAAUUAUAAAGUUUUAUAUUAUACACUGUACAUCUCAUUACAUGUCCAUGUGUACUUUUUAUGUGAACAUGAAUAAAUUU